AAGACCGAAAUGAUAGCAAGGAAUUAUUAUAGAACUGCGAGGACUGUAUCUAGGACGGGUAUAUUGAGACAGCAGAUACGCUACCAAUCAACAGCUAGCUCUCCCAACCCAUCCGACCAACUUUGGAGAAGGUUCGUCGUGAAACCAGCUAAAUACGCUGCAUUUGCAGGUGGUUCUAUAGUUUUUGGUAUAUCAGCCUUCAUUACUAUUAUAUUCGCACACGAUGCAAUGACAUAUAAGGGUUCAAACGUUGAUAAAGUACACGUUAAUCCACUCUCACUCGCUCCACAGACAGGUGGUAAAAAGAACCUGCCUAUAACGAACGUAUUCAUGGAUGAUGAGGAGGAUCCAGAGGCUCAAUCGAUCUCGAAGAAGCCUCAUUUAGUCAUCAUCGGAAAUGGAUGGGGUGGUAUUGGUGUUUUGAAGGAAUUGGAACAUGGUGAUUAUAAAGUCACAGUUAUCAGUCCAGCAAACCACACGCUCUUUACGCCAUUGCUCCCUUCCGCUGCAGUCGGCACAGUUGAAAUUAGAUCCUUGGUCGAACCAUUGAGGAAGCUCGUUGCACGCCUCAGAGGACACUACAUUUCAGGUGCAGCUGCAGACAUAGACAUGGGUAACCGUCUUAUUGAAGUACAUUCAAAACGUCCGGACGGUUCAGUUGAUCAAUUUUACGUACCAUACGAUAAAGUUGUUAUAGCAGUAGGUGCCAACACUGCCAGUCAUGGUGUUCCUGGUCUUGAACACUGCUACCAACUCAAGACUGUUGGUGACGUACUUAGAAUUAGACGUACUAUCAUGCAAAACCUCGAAGCGGCUGCUUUGCCAACUACGUCACAAGAAGAGCGCAAACGUUUGCUUAGUUUCGUCAUCUGCGGUGGUGGUCCUACUGGUAUCGAAAUGGCUGCUGAAAUCUUCGAUGUACUCAACGAAGAGGUCGGCAAGUACUUCCCAAAGUUACUUCGUAAGGAAAUCAGCGUUCAUGUUAUACAAUCCCGUGAUCACAUUCUUAACACUUACUCUGAAAAGAUCUCCGAAUACGCUGAGAAGAAGUUCGCUAAGGAUGAGAUCGAUGUUAUUCUGAAUGCACGUGUCAGUCGUGUAGAGAAGGAUAGAAUGAUGUACACGUUGAAGACAGAUAAGGGAGAAAAGGUCGAGCAUGAGAUCCCAUCUGGCUUUAUCCUGUGGUCUACCGGUUUAGGUAUGAAUCCAUUCGCUAAGCGCGUCUGUGAGCAACUUCCUAAUCAAUUUCACAGCAAGGCUAUCAUCGUUGACUCACAUAUGAGAGUCAAGGGCGCACCACAAGGUACAGUCUAUGCUAUCGGUGAUAACGCAACCGUCGACAACAACCUCCUCGAUGCCCUCUUGGAUCUCGUCGACGACUGCGAUAAAGAUCAAGAUGGAAAGAUUGACUUUGAAGAAUUUGAAAUUAUGUCACAGAAACUUCGCCAUAGAUUCCCACUCGCGAAGGCACACUUACAAAAAAUUAGGAAGAUAUUCCAACAAUAUGAUAAAGACCAAGAUAAUGUCUUAGACUUAAACGAAUUGGCAAGCUUAUUCUCAGAAAUCUCCUCAAAGAUUGUUUCGCUUCCUGCCACUGCACAGGUUGCUUCACAAGAGGGUAAAUAUCUUGGUAAGAAGCUCUCCAAGUUGGCCACAGCAAGAGACAGAUUAACUGGAACUGAUAUGGUUAAUGAAGCUGGCGAUGUGGAUGAUGAGGUUGUCGCAGUUCCAUUUAGUUACAGACACUUGGGUAGCUUGGCAUACAUUGGUAACUCAGCUGUAUUCGAUUUCGGUUCACCAGACUUAUCAUUCGCUGGUGGUCUUAUUAGUUUAUACCUCUGGAGAUCAAUUUACUGGUCAGAGCAGGUAUCAAACCGUACAAGAGCACUUGUUAUGAUAGACUGGAUUAAGAGAGGUAUUUGGGGUAGAGAUUUGUCUAAGUUCUAAAAUUAUUGAAAUUAAUUCAUGCAAAAAGUUACAAUCAAAUAGAUGGUUUAAUUUAGUAUCCAGUCUUUUGUUAUGUAGUUGCGUAUUGAGUCUGCGAAUAUCAAUACGACAGUCUUACUUGGGUCUUGAGAUAUCUUCCUUCCUUCUUCAGUUGUUCGCAAAUACUUCAAUGCACCUGCCAAGCAGCCCCCAGCUGAACCGCCAAUGAGUAAACCCUCAGAACGUAUGAGCUGGUGUGCGCAAUCGAAUGACUCAUCAUCUGAAGUCUUUAUCCAAUAAUCGACUUCAUUUCUGUCUAAACCAGCAGGUAUAAAAUCAUAUCCAAUACCUUCGAUGGCAUAAGAAGCUGAUUGUCCGUCUUCAAUUCUGUUGAGGGAUGCGGGCAACGCGAGACUACUACCAACGGGAUCUACACCUACGACAAGCAAGCCAUCUUUGUAAUCAUUUUUGGCGUUUUGAGACUUAUUAUGCUUCCUUAAUCCGCGUGCUAAGCCUGUUAUAGUCCCCCCUGUACCUACACCCGCGAACAAAACAUCUGCAAUCGCGUUUUCACCUCUGGUGGCUUGAAUAUCACGGAUUAUCUCGACGGCAGUGCCUUUCUCAUGCGCGAGAGCGUUAUUGAUGUUGCUAUAUUGAUCCAGCAUGACCGCGUUUUCUAUUUCAUGAACUAGUCGUCUGGCUACACCUAUAUUAGAGUCUGCAGAUUCUGAGGGUGCGUCUGUAGGUGUUCUAAUAAUCCUCGCGCCGAGUGCAGUCAUCAUUCUCUCUUUCUCGAGUGACAUCUUUUCUGGUAGAGUAAUUAUUACUUUAUAACCAAGUCUUGCUGCCGCCAAACAGAGUCCUAUACCUGUAUUACCUGAUGUGGGUUCAAUAAUGGUUGAUACACCCCUGAUUAGACGUCCCUCUUUUUCUGCUUCGAGUAUCAUACGCAGUGCUAUCCUAUCCUUCACACUUCCGCCUGCUGAGAAGGCCUCUACUUUCCCAACUGUGGCAACAUCAGUCCGUCUCCUCUACUGUUGUGAAACAACGUACGCAGAGUGCAUUUCAGAUUAUUCUCCUCUGUGAUCUUUCCCAGAUUAACUAGAGGCGUAUUACCUAUUAAAUCUAAACUUGAAUUUAC